GCCGCGGCUCCCCCCGGCCGCCCCCGGCUCCUCUCGCUUCCCCGGGGCAACCACGGGCAGCCGGCGGCGGGAGCAGCCUCUGCCGGGCGAGCGCGCUCCGGGCGGGGGCACGGGCUCCGAGCGUGGCGAGCUCGGCCACGGUGGCUCCCGAGUUUGUUUACUUGUACUCCGCGUCUCGUCCCCGGGAUCACCUCUCUGCCGGCAUAGCGGAUCGGUGGCGGUGCCGUACUGGGGGUUUAUGGCUGACUGGCUCUACUACACAUUACAGCAAAAGGAACUGCAGUGAAAGAAAGGCAGUGGGAAUGUAUUCGGCGACGUUUUGAGGCCAUCACGUAAUGGAUAUUCCAGUUUUGAAGCUGUAGGGCUACUGAUCCUCUACAAAGCCAUAGAGGAGCAUUUUUUACUCUGGAAACAUUGCUGUUAAAAAGCUCCAAACAGGAGGAGUAAAUCCAGUCGGCUUGUCAGGUCACUGGCUCAGUGUAACGGUGCUUUCAUGAGGUGACGUUGGGCCAAAGUCAACUUUUCUUUCUCCUUUGUAAACCUGCAGCCAAGCAAUGGGCCAGAAAAUCUCAGGGAGCAUAAAGUCUGUAGAUGUGAGGGAGCCCCCUUAUAGACCUGUGAAACGAGAGCUGAGAGGCCCGGAUUUUUGCAAGCCCGCACGCCUGGACAUGCUGCUGGAUAUGCCCCCUGCCAAGCUGGAGGUCCAGUACAAACACGCUUGGAAUAACGAAGAUCGCUCUUUAAAUAUAUUUGUAAAGGAAGACGAUAAACUGACUUUUCACAGACACCCGGUGGCCCAAAGCACGGAUUGCAUCCGGGGCAAGGUGGGCUACACACGGGGCCUGCACGUGUGGCAGAUCCACUGGCCCACGAGGCAGCGGGGGACUCACGCCGUGGUGGGCGUCUCCACAGCCGAGGCGCCGCUGCACUCGGUGGGAUACACGUCCUUGGUUGGUAGCAAUAGUGAAUCCUGGGGCUGGGAUCUGGGGCGCAACAAACUCUACCACAACUGUAAAAACCAGCCCGGGGUCACAUACCCUGUCUUUUUGGAACCAGAUGAGUCUUUUGUACUCCCAGACUCCUUACUGGUGGUUUUGGAUAUGGAUGAAGGGACGCUUAGCUUCAUGGUCGAUGGACAGUAUCUUGGAGUGGCCUUCAGGGGACUAAAAGGGAAAAAACUUUACCCCAUAGUCAGUGCAGUUUGGGGGCACUGUGAAAUUACAAUGAGAUACAUCAAUGGACUUGACCCGGAACCCCUGCCUUUAAUGGACUUGUGCCGAAGAUCAAUUCGUUUUGCUCUUGGCAGAGACCGCCUGCAUGACAUAGAAAUUCUACCUUUGCCUCUGUCUCUGAAAAAUUAUUUACAGUACCAAUAAGACAUCUAGAACCCUCUGGCCUCACAUUGGACUUCAUCAAUGCAAAUGGCAGAAAAUUGUUUACAGCAAAAUAUAAAUCUUUGUGAUGGACACUUAAGUGUUAUUUAAUUUUUAAUAUAUAUUUUUUUUCUGAACCAGUGAAAGCAGGUCACUGUGGGGGACUACUAAAGAACGUGAAAACAUUGAUUUGAUUGAGAUUCAUGUGUUACCUGUUGCCUGUUGUGUUUACAGUCCUGAAGGCUAAAAUUCUCAUCUCUCAUACAUUGGUUUAUCUUUGUUGCCUCUGGUAAAUGCCAAUAGAAAAUCUGACCUGCAAGAUUCACUGUCCUGCAGGAGAGCAUUCUUCAAUAUUAUGAUUUUUAUUUUUCUUUUUCUUUCUCUCUCCUACACUUUACCCCAAUAAAUAAAAAUAAAUUAGCAAAAGUCUUGACAGUAACUUCUGAAAAAUAUUUAAACCUUGUCUUUGGUAAGCAGAGUUGUUGAGAGUUCUGCAUGUUCAGUGCUCAACACAAUUAGGCCUAUAAUAUCUAAAAGCUCUAAUGUUUAAAAAAAGCAGGUUAUUGUGUAGAAGAAGAGAAUGUGGUUUAAAAACAUGAGAGGAAAAAAGUGGUUUAUGUGUCAGAUCAGUUUCUGGACUUGGUAACAGUAAGGUGCAGUUCGUUGUUUUCAAGACCAAAUCUAGUCCCUCCAAAGUUCUGCAGUUUAAAACAAAGUGUUCACUUUGUCCCAAGAAUUUAGGAUAUUCAUAUUUUAGAAAGCUUGUCACUUUUUUUUAUUUGAACAAAUUUAUGAUUUUUAUGUGGUAUGAACUCUAAGUACUUUGUUUUCUUUUUAAUGUAUGUGUGGUUAUAAUGUUUAUUUAUCUGUUUAGCAUCUGUGGAGUUCUCAUUUAACUGUUUCCCAUGUUGGGGUGACUGAUUUUGGUUUUCUCCCCAACUCAAUCUGAAAUGUAUCAAUUUUUCAGGCUCAUCCCUUUUUUUUUAAGAUGCUGCUUUCUGUUUGCGUUUCUUACAUGUUUCAAGUUAUCUGCCUGAAUCAUUAUCUAGUUUUUAAACUGGAAGUUGUUGUUAUGGCAGAAUGUCCAAUGUUUAGACUGAGCUGCCUUCAGCAUAUUUUAAUGUGAAUUUACUGAUGAAUGAGGAGAAAAUUUCUAAUAAAGUCUACUGUCCAAAGUAAAA